UGUCUGCACGUCUGUUUUAGUUCCCUUUCUGCUACCAAUGCUCACUCCUCUAAUUCCUUGGGCAGUUAUAGCAAAAACCUUCAGUGUGAACUACCCACCAACAAGGCAGCUGGAAAAUCCCCAGAUUUGGCAGUUGUGCCCCGAAAUCCCAACCCCCUUCUGAUUCCAUGACCUGCAUAUAAAUUCAGAUCCCUUUGAGAAGUCUGCAGGUUUGGAAAAGCACUACCUGCUCCUAGAAUCUUGGAUUUGAACCUCAUUCUGGACAGCGAAUGACAAGGAAGGAGUAGCUCUAUUCUACCCAGUUAAACACUAGAUAGAAUUUUUUGUAGCAGUGGAGUCAGUUCCUUGGAUUGGAUUCAAGGUUUUCGCUCUGGGGAGGGAUUGAGUCUGCAGUAGGAAAGCAGAGACUUUCAAGUGAAGCCUGGUCUGUGUGUGCCCCAGGAACUAAUGAAGAUUGACUGACUCGUUCGCAAGUUCUCAUGGGCCAGAAUCAAGGGUACAGACCCCACAUCUGCUUCAGCCAGCCAUCUCCCGUGAGGAGCCGACUGCCUGUGUCCCGGGACCUACCAGCAGUCCUUGGCCCCCAGCAGAAUGUCCACAAAGGAUUUGAGUAGUUCUGUGUCUCCCUCCUCCUCACGGCCUAGUGUCACAGCAAAACUCAUCAAUGGAGGUGUGGCAGGGCUUGUUGGGGUCACAUGUGUGUUCCCCAUCGACUUGGCCAAGACUCGGCUGCAGAACCAGCAUGGAAAAGACAUCUACAAAGGAAUGAUAGACUGCCUGAUGAAAACUGCCAGGGCUGACGGCUUCUUGGGGAUGUACCGAGGAGCUGCAGUGAACUUAACCUUGGUCACUCCAGAGAAGGCCAUCAAGCUGGCUGCCAAUGACUUCUUCCGGCAGCUGCUAAUGGAGGAUGGGAUGCAGCGGAAUCUGAAGAUGGAGAUGCUAGCUGGAUGCGGAGCUGGAAUAUGCCAGGUGGUGGUUACCUGUCCCAUGGAAAUGCUCAAGAUUCAGCUACAGGAUGCCGGGCGCUUGGCAGCUCAUCGUCAGGGCUCGGCCUCAGCACCUUCCUCCUCCAGAUCCUACAGUACGGGUUCGGCUUCCACCCACAAGCGCCCGUCCGCCACCCUUAUCGCCUGGGAGCUACUCCGCACCCAGGGCCUGGCUGGUCUCUACAAGGGUCUGGGUGCCACUCUCCUCAGAGACAUCCCCUUCUCCAUCAUCUACUUUCCACUGUUCGCCAACCUUAACAACCUCGGGUUCAACGAGAGCACGGGGAAGGCUUCCUUUGCGCAUUCCUUCGUGUCAGGCUGUGUUGCAGGUUCUGUAGCCGCCGUCACAGUAACACCUCUGGACGUUUUGAAAACGCGAAUCCAAACCCUCAGAAAAGGCCUGGGCGAGGACAGCUACAGCGGGAUCACUGACUGCGCCAGAAGCGGGCUACAUCCCAGUGAGUACUACAGCAGUCCCUCCACGGGCUCUUCAGAUGACUGCUUCGGAGGCUGGGGGAUAGCAGCUGCGUCACACUGGGUUUUCGGUCUUGAUUCCAUCACUGCAUAACUGCAUCGCCUUGCGGAACGGGUUCGCUGUGACAGUCCCCAUGUGCCUUCUUUCCCCAGAGGGCUGCUGCAGAGAUGCCAGUAACAGGGGGGCUUCAGGUCCUCAGUAAACAAUGCCAGGAGUUGGCAGGAGUUGUGCCAGGAGUUGGCACUUACAUUAGUCCCCACCUCAUCUCAAAAGUCACUGACAUUAAUGAAAAACGAUCAGGCUCAGUAGCCGAGUUCUCUACUGGGAGGACUAUGUGUGAGUGCGGACUGCAAAGACAGAGCCCAGUUAGACCCCCACCUUUACCCCAUUGCAAGGCCCCGGGCAGUUCUUAGUGGUCACUGGGGGAAACCAGAGGAGGAGAGAAAGAAAAGGACCUUUGUGAAAGAAUUUAAGACUGACACAGAGUAACCCUUCUCCCCCAGUAAGCCCACAGAUGCUUUUCCGACUCUGCCAAAGCUAAUAAAACGAUUUCCUCAAUAAAGCUGUCAAACCCUCCAGAGGACAGGUAAUAGUGAACACCUGUGUGUGUGGUACGUCUGAAAGAUUUUAAAUGGCUGGAAGGAACGCUUCUGGAUAAGAGCCUGGUAAAAAUGAGCAGGAAGUGCCAGAGGACAGAGAGGGUUAAUGGUUUCAAGUAGUGACAGCUAUCAACCAGCGACUAUAGGGAUUAGGAGAAUGCUUCCUUUCCAGAUACUUUGGGAAGAACUUUUCCCCACAAAUCAUAAAACUUGUAGCACCUUGCAUAAUGAGUCACAAUGAAAUCCAUGUAAAUAUUUUGUUUUAAUAAAUAAGACCUACUCACGGCUUAGAUUUUAAAUCACAUUUACAGAUGAGGAGCACUUCUAGGCCCAAACAGGUUUACAGUGAAGCUACUAUUGCAGGUAGGAAUGCAUGCUCCCCACGCAUCUGCAGCUUAAAGAGCAGAGACUGAAUGUCAAAGAACACCACACACUUCACCCUCUAGGCUCGAGAACUGAUAGCAGAAGACGAGAGAAGAGCAGAGACCCGGUGAAGCUCCAGUAACCACCAUCUGAUACCCUCACCUUCAUGCUACAAAAGCAAAUAUAAGUCAUGCUUUUAGAUAAGCUAAGGAGGAGGUUUCCUGAUCAUAGUAAGUGAAACUUUCUCUCAUAUUAACAAUUAGGCCAAGGGCA